UCAGUCACAGCAUCGUCGCCCCCUCGCCGGGCCUAGUGCGCUUGCGCGAGUCCGCGGAGACCUUGGAGGCGCGGCUGCCAGCGACGAGGCGCUCGGACGCUAGGUUAACGCUGAGGCGGCCGGAAAAUGCAGAGCUGGAGCCGGGUCUGCUGCGCCCUCGCCCAGAGAAGCCAUUUUAGUCGAAUCCAUCAUGGCCUACAGGGGAUUUGUGCAGUGUCACUGAGGAGCUAUGCUGAUCAAGCUGAUGUUGACAUUACAGUUAUUGGUUCUGGGCCUGGAGGAUAUGUUGCUGCUAUCAAAGCAGCUCAACUUGGCUUUAAGACUGUGUGUGUAGAGAAAAAUGAAACGCUGGGUGGAACCUGUUUGAAUGUUGGCUGUAUUCCUUCCAAGGCUUUGCUGAACAACUCACAUCUGUAUCAUUUGGCCCAUGGAAAGGAUUUUGCUAGUAGAGGAAUUGAAAUUACAGGAAUCCACUUGAAUUUAGAGAAGAUGAUGGAGCAGAAAAAUGGUGCAGUGAAGUCUUUGACAGGUGGAAUUGCCCAUUUGUUUAAACAGAACAAGGUCGUACAUGUGCCUGGGUUUGGAAAAAUAACUGGCAAAAACCAAGUCACCGUAUCCAAAGAGGAUGGUAGCACUCAGGUUAUCAAUACAAAGAAUAUCCUCAUAGCCACAGGUUCAGAAGUUUCUCCGUUCCCUGGAAUUACGAUUGAUGAAGACACAAUUGUAUCAUCAACUGGUGCACUAUCCCUGAAACAAGUCCCUGAAAAGAUGGUUGUAAUUGGUGCAGGAGUCAUUGGUGUGGAGUUGGGUUCAGUUUGGCAGCGUCUUGGUGCAGAUGUGACAGCUGUUGAGUUCUUGGGCCAUGUUGGUGGAAUGGGUAUUGAUAUGGAGAUCUCUAAAAACUUUCAGCGCAUCCUUCAGAAACAAGGACUCAAAUUUAAACUAAAUACCAAGGUUACUGGUGCCACCAAGAGGCCAGAUGGAAAGAUUGAUGUUUCUAUUGAAGCAGUUGCUGAUGGAAAGACAGAAGUAAUCACCUGUGAUGUACUACUCGUUUGCAUUGGUCGACGUCCUUUUACUCAGAACCUAGGGCUGGAAGAUAUUGGAAUUGAACUUGAUAACAAGGGUAGAAUCCCAAUCAAUACGCGAUUCCAAACCAAAAUUCCAAACAUCUAUGCUAUUGGUGAUGUAGUUGCUGGGCCGAUGCUGGCUCACAAAGCUGAGGAUGAAGGCAUUAUCUGCGCUGAGGGGAUAGCUGGAGGUGCAGUUCACAUUGACUAUAACUGUGUGCCGUCAGUGAUUUACACACACCCUGAAGUUGCCUGGGUUGGCAAAUCAGAGGAACAGUUGAAAGAGGAGGGGACAGAAUACAAAGUUGGAAAGUUUCCUUUUGCUGCUAACAGCCGAGCUAAGACUAAUGCUGACACAGAUGGCUUGGUGAAGAUACUGAGUCAGAAAACAACAGACAGGAUGCUGGGUGCUCACAUUCUAGGCGCAGGUGCUGGGGAGAUGGUUAAUGAAGCUGCUCUUGCUAUGGAAUAUGGAGCGUCAUGUGAAGAUGUAGCCAGAGUUUGCCAUGCCCAUCCAACUGUCUCGGAAGCCUUCAGGGAAGCAAACCUAGCAGCAUCUUUCGGCAAAGCUAUCAACUUCUAAAAUAUGUAUAUGUGGAUUGAGGCCAGCGCCCUCUUUUGAGCCCGUCUCAGUGUUCUGAGCUGUCUGAAUACACCCAUGAGUUGGUGAGAGAGCCAGAAUAAACGUGGGUUUAUGUGGGGGUGAUAGCAAGGAGUCUCUGAGGGAAGCAAAGAUGAAGUGUGUUUUGUGAAAUGGGGGAGAGAUCUGGGACACCUGGAAUGGAAAAAAAAAGCCUUACAUUUUAGUGGAUCCAGGACAUAUUUACUUCUAAUCCACCUCCUGCCUUUUGGAUAAAUUCAUUGGAGUUGUCCCCUGGCAUAUUGUAAGCUUGCUUACAAUAUGUCCCUUCUGUGGAAUGCCUGCUCUCUACUUGCUAGGGCUGGCCAAAACAAUGGGAAACUUUUUCACAAAAUCUUGUGAAA